AUGGUCCAAAAGGGCUCCUCGGAUAAGCUCCCCGAAAGGAGCAUAUUCAACUACAUGGAUCUCAUAAGGUUUCCCAACCAUCUCACUGCUGCUUCCACCGAGGUUAACGAGAUCGAGUGCGAGUGCUGUGGCCUUUCCGAGGACUGCACCGGCGCCUACAUUCGUGGCACCAGAGCUCGAUUCUACGGAAAAUGGGUGUGCGGCCUGUGCUCCGAAGCUGUCUGCGAAGAGUCCUACAAGCUCGGAGGCAUUCGAGACAUUGUGCAAGAAGAAGCUCUGCACGCACACAUGAGCGUGUGCUUGGAAUUCAAUAGAACCAUCCGCGUCAACCCCGCGAUGUCGCUGGCUUGCGCCUUGGCCCGACUCCUCAGAUCGAGGUCCCAGAGGAAUCUGUGA